AUGUUCGCCGUUCAACUCUUAUCGCUCCUGUCUUUGGCAUUGGGCCUUGUUAGAGCUGUCACAGCUUUGACAGCUCGAAACACCCUCCUUGAUGUGUCCACGAUAUUCCAGUGCAAGGAAGUGGGCACUUGGAUUGAGAAUGUCGCCACUCGCGAGAAUGGUGAUCUGCUUUUCACCAUGGUGGAACCUACGCCACAACUUUAUACCGUGAUUGACCCGUCGGAGGAGACUCGUACUACUGAACUGAUCUAUGAGUUUCCAAACAUGACUGGCCUUCUUGGUAUUGCUGAAUCUGCCCACGACGUUUUUGCGGUCGUCGGCGGUAGCUUCUACAGUACUGCCAACCCUGUGCUUGGAAGCUUCAGCAUUUGGACUGUUGACUUGAACCAUGUUGACAGUGCCGCCAUCACUAAGAUAAUGGACCUGCCAUAUGAGGCGUUCCCCAACGGACUUGAAGCUGUUCCAGGUGAGACUGGCGUGGUCAUGUUGGCGUCUUCGCUGGGCGCCCUGUACCGUGUCGACUUGAACACACGCACCUGUGUCGUUGCCGCCGAGCUGCCCGAGAUGCGCCCGGUAUCCGGUGCGAUUCUUCCUCUGGGCAUCAACGGCAUCAAGAUACGCGACGGGCACCUUUACUGGACCAACAGCUUCGCUUCCACCAUCUAUAGGAUUCCAAUCGACGCUCAUGGCAUUGUCCCGGAGUCAAGCUCAGCAGAAGUUGUGGCCACACUUCCUGGGACCUUCCUCGAUGACUUUGCUAUGGGUCCGGAUGGAACCAUGUGGGUCACUACCAAUCCCAACAAUACGGUAGUUGCGGUCAACAGUGAUGGUAAGAAGAUGGAAAUUGUGGCAGGAUCGCAGCAGUCCUCCGACACUGCUGGAGUCAUUGCAGCCGCAUUUGGCCGCACCAGAUCGGACCAGCAGAUCCUCUACGCUGUCACUUCUGGAGGUUUAGCCUUGCCAGUCAACGGAACUUUUGUCGAACCUGGUAAAGUGGUUGCUAUAGACACUAGCAAAUACGCCUUUUAG